AUGCGGCCCCGCAGCAGCAGCAGCAGCAGCAGCAGCAACGGCAACAGCAUCCACAACCGCAGCAGCAGAGCCGGUGAUGCAGCAGCAGCAGCAGCAGCAACAGCAGCAGCAGCAGCAGCAGCAGCAGCAGCAUGCGGCCCCCCUUCUGCAUUUCUCGUGGGGCGGCCCAGCGGCUGUCUCCGUCGAUCCAUAGAGCAGCAGCAGCAGCAGCAGCAACAGCAGCAGCAGCAAGAACAGCAGCAGCAGCAGCAGCACCGUGGGCUUUGUCUGCGCCGCCGUCAGCCUCCCUGCUGCUGCGUGCUGCUGCAGCGCGGCACCCCUCAGCAGCAGCAGCUCCAGCAGCAGCAGCAGCAGGAGCAGCAGCUGAUGCAGCAGCAGCAGCAGCCGCGCCAGUAUCAACAACAGCCCUGGCAACAACAACACCAACAGCAACAACGACAGCAGCAGCAGCAGCAGCAGCAGCAGCAGCAGCAGCAGCGCAAUCGACUUCUGUUUUUAGGUUUCCUUCUGCUGCAGGGCUGUCUCACCAUACCUUCUCACCACGUGCAUGCAGCAGCAGCAGCAGCAGCUGCUGCUGCUGCUGCUGCUGCUGCUCCGGCCGCAGGAACUACAGGUACUUUAGCAGCAGCAGCAGCAGCCUUUCUCGUGGGGCGGCCCAGCGGCUGUCUCCGUCGAUCCAUAGAGCAGCAGCAGCAGCAGCAGCAGCAGCAACAGCAGCAAGAACAGCAGCAGCAGCAGCAGCAGCACCAUGGGCUUUGUCUGCGCCCCCUUCAGCCUCCCUGCUGCUGCGGGCUGCUGCAGCGCGGCGCCCCUCAGCAGCAGCAGCUCCAGCAGCAGCAGCAGCAGCAGCAGCAGCAGCAGCAGCUGAUGCAGCAGCAGCAGCAGCCGCGCCAGUAUCAGCAACAGCACUGGCAACAACAACACCAACAGCAACAACGACAGCAGCAGCAGCAGCAGCAGCGCAAUCGACUUCUGUUUUUAGGAUUCCUUCUGCUGCAGGGCUGCCUCACCAUACCUUCUCACCACGUGCAUGCAGCAGCAGCAGCAGCAGCAGCUGCUGCUGCUGCUGCUGCUGCUCCGGCCGCAGGAACUACAGGUACUUUAGCAGCAGCAGCAGCAGCAACAGCAGCAGCAGCAGCAGCAGCAGCAGCAGUGUAG